AUGAAGAAGCGCAUUUUGGCGGCGUUUAAAAUACGAGCAGAGCAGACGAAAGGUCGAGAAGUCGAAGCUGGCAGUUGGGCGCGUACUGCUACAGUGGCUUGUCGCAAGGAGGGAGAUGUCGCAGAGUCGCAAGUAAAGAGCAAAAGCAAUGCAAAGAGCGUGGGAGCUGUAGAAGCUGGAGCCGAAGCCGUGGGUAAAAAGAGCGAAAAGAGCGACUCUGUCCAAAUGAAUGACUGGCGAUGGAUAGAAGAGAAGAGGAAGGGGAAAAGAGAAAAGAGGGAAGGGAAGAAAAAGGCUGCACUGGGGGCGAAAUAUAAAAGAGUAAAGGAUCUAAACUAG